AUGCUGCGGAGUCAUCCAGCUGGGCGCUGGCAUGCCUUCCGACAAGCGUGUGCUCCAAAACUUCGCGCUUAUUCGGGCCUCCAUCAGCUUCAACCCCAUAAUCCACCACCAUGGAGACCUGUCUCCGCUUUGGAUGAGUGGGUCGAACGCGACAUCCGGCCUAUAAGUUUACGGCAAUUGACCUUUUUUGGGCGGACUUUGACAGAAUCUCGACUUAUUAGCUCCGCUAACUAUGUGCGAACAGAGCUUCCCACUCGGCUUGCCCAUCGCCUUCGAGAUAUUCAAAGGCUGCCGUACGUUGUUGUAGCUAAUCCUCAUCUGUCUCUCGUAUAUGAGCUCUACUAUAAAGCCUUUGAACGAUUUCGAACGAUUCCGGAGAUUAAGACCCUCGAUGACAACGAUAAGUUUUGUGAUAUUCUACGGAAGACUCUGAAGGAACACCUUGUAGUGAUUCCGAGAUUGGCAAUGGGCGUUUUGGAGUGCCGUGCUCUGCUACCGGCGGACGUGCUUGAUCAGUUUAUGAACACUUUGCUUCGCGCGAGAAUCUCCCGCCGAGUCAUAGCGGAGCAACACCUGGCGCUAACGGAAACUUUCAACUCCCCGUGGCACUUUCCUGGCUCCCAGGAUCGCACGGAUGUUAAUGCGGACUACGUUGGGGAAGUCUUCCUAAAGUGCAACGCAAAGGAGGUUAUUGAGCGCUGUGGCAAACUUGCGCAGGAUAUGAUGCGACAGGCAUCAGGGACCGAUAAAAUCCCCGAAAUAUCCGUGCAGGGGCACCUAGACGCUACGUUUCCCUACAUGCUAAGCCACUUGGAAUAUAUAAUUGGGGAGCUGCUACGAAACUCAAUUCAGGCUGUCAGUGAAAAAUAUAAUGGCUUGCCUGAGAAGCCACCACCCAUUGAAGUACUCGUAUGCGAAGCACCACAGCAUGUUAUCAUGCGGAUUUCUGACCAGGGAGGAGGCAUACCUCGCGAGGUUCUGCCGUACCUGUGGUCCUUCAACAAAGGUCCUCACAGUAAAGCACGGCUUCAAAAUCUGGAGCAGGUUCCGGCAAUGGCAGCCACGAUGCAGGAGCUGACAGUACCGAAGGAACGGAAACGGGCCGACAAGGAAACAUUCCGAGAGAGCUCGCUUGACACACUUACCUCACGGCCGCCAAACCUCCGCCUAGGCAUGGGACUUCCUAUGAGCCGAGUGUAUGCGGAAUAUUGGGCAGGCAGUCUUGAAUUGCACAGCUUAGAAGGAUAUGGCGUGGAUGCAUUCCUGCAGAUAUCCAAGCUCGGCAACAAGAACGAGCAAGUCACCACGAGGGCAUCGAUUGAUGCAGUGUGA